GUUUAUCAACUUGAUUUUUCAUUUUUUUUCUUAUGAUAUCAGCAAACUUUGUCUCUUUGGUCUUCAUGUCUAUAAAUAGGUAGGUUUCACUGGCAAAAAUCCAUAGAAACAAACCUUUUCUUCUUCCGAUAUUGCUUUUUUUGCUUUAGAAAAUUUUCAAGACAACUUCACUUAGCAUAUUGAUCCAAGUAUAGCUAAAUUCCUGAAUCAUGAAUUCAUCAAUCCCCAAUGCUUCUGUUUAUGGUGAGAAGACCUCAUCAGGGCAGCCUCAUGGUGAAGUUCCUUGGUCUGUCGGAUUCUGUGAUUGUCUGUCUGACAUGAAAACCUGUUGCAUUGCUUGUUGGUGCCCCUGCAUCACUUUUGGCCAGAUUGCUGAGAUUGUUGACAAAGGAUCAACCUCUUGUGGUGCAAGUGGGGCACUAUACACAUUAAUAAUGUUCAUCAUCGGCUGUCCAUGCUUGUAUUCUUGCUUUUACCGUUCCAAACUAAGGAAGCAAUACAAGCUGGAGGGAGGCGGUUGUGGUGAUUGCAUGCUUCAUUUUUGCUGCGAGACUUGUGCCUUGACUCAAGAAUAUCGUGAGCUCAAGAACCGUGGAUUCGACAUGUCCAUCGGUUGGCAUGCAAAUGUGGAGAAGAAUAAAGAACUGGCGAUGGCUCCAGUGGUGGAAAAAGGGAUGAGCAGAUAGAUCAAUGAUUUGCCAUCUUCGUAUAUGUCUCCAUCAAUGUGCUUGUUACCAUGCAUGUUCUUUACUUUUUCUCUCUUUUUUUUUUCUUAAUUUUAUUUUCAUUUCCAUGUGAGGAUUUUAUUGCUUGUAAUAAUUUAAUUUAAAGAUGUAUUUGGUGUUGUUUAUAUUAAUAUGUGAUCAGUGAAUGAAUUGGUUUCCGUCUA